CCAUGAGACCAACCGUUAUAAGGCUAAAGACACUGCCAGCCAUGUCCUGCCUCUAAACAUAUGCUGUUUUAACCUUUUUAUUCACCCUAAAUCAUAUGUAUAUUUUGAUCCUUUUUGUAUUCAUAUAAUUUUUUUCCAAAGGUGUAAAAACGUGCGUGUUUCCCCAAGCGGCGGUCAUGUGUCUCAGUGCGCUGGAAGAAAAAAGAUCUGACGUUCGGCUACUGCUGUUGUCGGUGAUGGUGAUGCUCUCGGUCUCCGGUUGUUCAAGCAUGGACGUUAUUGUGACCAGUAAAAUCAACGUGAUGAAUGGGUCGGAUAUCAAAAUCCCAUGCACAUUCACUUCCUGUUAUAAAAUAGACACAAACAAGUUUAGCAUGAACUGGACCUACCAUGAAUCAAUCAAUGAUACGGAACAAAUGUUUAUGGCAUACUACCGGAAGAAAGGAAUGGUGGCUUUGGUUCCAGAGCGAUUUGGAGAAAGGGUGCUGUUUGCAGGAAACCUGGAAAAAAAUGACCUGUCAAUCACCCUAUUAGACGUCCAGGAGGAAGAUGAAGGGAUUUACAACUGUUAUGUGAUAAAUCCUCCGGACCGCAUACAUGGACAUGGGGUCAUAAGACUUAAGGUUUUUACUGAACUUCCCCCACCGAGAGACUCAACAAUUGCCGUUGCCAUUGGUGCAUCAGUGGGCGGAGCACUUGCUCUCCUUAUCCUUUCCAUGGUGGUUGUGAAAUUUCUCCGUCAUCAUCUCAAACAGGAUCUGACCUCAGAAGAGAAGAUGGAGGAGGAGGGGAAAUUAGAGGCUGAAGGUGCCACAGAGGAAGGAACAAAACAAUCUUAAAUGGGCCGCCAGAACAAACUAGUAGCCCGCAGAGCUGUCAACCCAGCACCUCCACUGAUAUGCUUCAUCUUUCUUCUGUCCGUAAGAACCACACUGACUGAAUCAUUGACCACCAAGUGCAUCUGUUCCCUCUGCAUGUUUGUGUGUUUCGGUGGACAAGAGUGUGUUUUUAACGUGUGUCUUUAAGAAAGAGCGAGAGAUGUGUGUUUGUCUCUUUACAGACAGCAAUUAUAUCUACGCAUAGCUUAACUACUGCUAUGUUAUUAAUGUCAAUCUAUCAAAGGAAUAAAUUUGUUAUUGAGGUUACAACUGUAAGAUAUGACCUCACAGGUAAGAAGAAACUACAAA